AUGAAUUCGCCAAAUCGAACUGCAUCUGAUUUAAUGAAUCGUGAACUGCAGUACAGUACUGUAGAAAUGGCAGCGAUUGUUGCCCGCAAUAUCCCACUAAUGAAUGAGGAACAAAGAACCAUUUAUGAUCGCAUUAUGCUCGCAGUUUCAGCUGGACAAGGUGGGUUCUUCUUUUUGGAUGCACCAGGUGGAACUGGCAAAACAUUCGUUAUUUCGCUAAUUCUUGCUGAAAUACGAUCAAAUAAUGGCAUCGCAUUCGCCGUUGCAUCAUCGGGCAUUGCAGCAACUUUAUUGGAUGGAGGUAGAACAGCUCAUUCAGUAUUUAAGCUGCCACUAAAUAUUCAGAAUAACCCUGACGCAGUAUGCAACAUUAAGAAACAAUCGUCCAUGGCCACUGUGCUGAAACGGUGUAAAAUUAUUAUUUGGGAUGAAUGUACUAUGGCACACAAAAAUUCACUUGAGGCGUUGAACAGGACAUUGAAAGAUAUUAAAAACAGUGACAAACUAUUUGGCGGAACUCUGUUGGUCCUUUCAGGUGAUUUCAGACAAACACUUCCAGUCAUUCCACGUUCAACAUACGCUGAUGAGAUCAACGCUUGCUUAAAAUCAUCUCCAUUGUGGCAUAUCGGUGAUGGAAAAGUUGCUAUAGAUGAAACUGGAUACGUAAAAUUACCGACCGAUUUCUGCACAAUCGCUGAUUCGCAAGAUACUCUCAUUGAACAAAUAUUUCCCGAUGUACACACACAGUACAUAAAUCAUGAGUGGCUUGCAGAAAGAGCGAUUUUAGCGGCAAAAAUGUAG